AUGGAUAAACUUGAUUUCCCACAAAGGCUGUAUAGUGUAGGCCAUGAACCUUUUCCGAAUAAAAGCAUUGCCUACUACAGCAAUGACAGCAAGCUCUUCCCUGCUCUUAAAGAAGCACUCGAGGCAGAUGAAUGGGAGGAGCUCAAGAACUCGAAAGUAGGAGUGUUCUUAAAGUUCCACGAAAUGAAGUUUGGAUGGGCUUCAAGGCUGGUGCACUAUAUACUGUGUUUUCAGCUUGACUGCAAGAAGAAGUUUGAGUUGUGGAGUCUCGUAGGUGUUGAACCAUUGUGGUUUUCUCUGCAUGAAUUUGAAGAGAUAACUGGCCUGAACUGCGAGUAUGUGAAGAAUCUCGAGAAUCCGUUGGUUGAGGUAACGGCUGACAUGAAAGCAUUUUGGGCGCAGAUGGGAGUGAAUUUCGACCGGGGCCCAAGUAUUGAUGAAUUAACUACAGCGUGUCAGAUGUGCAGAACAUGGUCUCGAGAUGAUCGGCUGCGUUUAGGGUAUCUAGCCAUCUACGCUGGCUUCAUCGAAGCAAGAAGAACCUCGUCACCCACACGGGCUAGCCUGGCUAGGUUAGUGAUGGAUCUAGAUGCUUUUGAAGAUUAUCCGUGGGGAAGAGUAGCCUUUAAAUUCUUGAUGGAGUCGGUGAAGGGUGUAGACUUGACAAAAACAUAUGCUAUUGAAGGCUUUGUUCAGGUUCUUCAAGUCUGGGUCUACUGCUGUCUCCCUGAAUUCGGAGCUGGGUAUGGUCUCCCUAUAGAAGGUUCUCCGACCCCACCUCUACUUGCCUUCUUAGGUGGCAAAGGCCAGAGAAGGCUCCAGGAGAAUAUGCUGAAACAGACUAGGACUAAGAACUUUACUAUGAAGGAUUACUCUGAAAUGUUCCCUCGCUGGGAUGGUGAGCUGGAAGAUGAGAAGGCUGAUAACAUAGUGAAGGCAAUGUUUUCUUCAGGCUGGGCGUGGGAACAAAGUCACUGGCCUCUUGUUGGAACAAAACUGUGGACAAAUGUGAAGGUGGAGAUUCAUCCGAUGAAGACAGAAGCUGGUCAGAUGAUGCGAAGCUUGAAGACAGUGUCCCCUUCUCGCACACAGUCUGAUGCAGAAUCACGCAAAAAGGCUCGUGAGUCCCCUGGCCUGGAUGUGGAGACCAUGAAAGGAGAAAUAGUUCGUUGGCUAACUGGCCUGACUUCUAAUAUGGUUGAGGGGCUGAGCAGAUGCGAGAACACUCUGAAGAUACAAUCCCACAUGAUUGAGGGCCUUACAACUCAAGUGGGAGCUGUUGAGAAGAUGGUGCGUGAAGGUUGGAAGGAAGACCACACCAAAGCUGGUUCAUCUACUGAUGUACCUGAGGCAAACAAAUCUGAUGAAGACAAAGCUAAGAAGGACAGCGCUGAAGGAAGCAAAGGUGAUGAAAGCAAAGGUGAGGAAAGCAGAGCCGAGGAAAGUAGAGCCGAGGAAAGCAAAGCUGCGGAAACAGCUCCCAAAGGAAUGACAACAAGAGCCAAAGCUAGAGACACCCAAGCCACUGUGAGUGAGAGUGAAAAUGAGAAUGGAGGCAUAAGUGUGGUUGUAGUAGAUAAAGAACAAUCACACAUUGAUUAUGGUUCUGUGAAAAAACUGAAACAAGUUCGUAAACUGAGAGCUGCUCGCAUUGUGGCCCGUGCUAAGAGUGAGCGGCAACGUAGGCUUGCUGCAACUCAGCAGUCUCCUUUUGAUGGAAACAGCACGGCAAAGGUUAUUAUACCUAACCAGCCGAAGCAAGGCCAGAGAUAUAACCCAUUUGCUAAUCCUGAUCGCCAAAAGCUCUCUGCUCUUCUUGAUUGGGUGAAACUUGACCCCAAAUGGCGACAGAAGGUCAAAGGUUCAUCAAGUGAUUGGUUCUACAUACUACUAACUCCUACAAAAUGGUUGAUUGACACGCACAUGGAUGCUGCAAAGUACUCAGAGUUUCUGGCCUCUCCUGCCAAUCCUGACGGCUCAGGUAAACUACUCCCUCCUGGUGCCUUAGACUACUACACAGGCGAGGAACCAGCGUAUAGCAGAUCAAAUAAGACAUGGGCACUGGAGAUUGAUGAUAUAUAUGCGCCAUUAUUGGUCAAGAACGAUCAUUGGGUAGCUUGCUGGAUAUCAAUCCCGAGGAGACGCAUAGUCAUUUGGGAUAGUGAUCUUGCUUACGCUACGGAUGCAGAAAUUGCUAAGGCCGUGAAGCCUAUUGCACACAUGCUGCCGUACAUGCUGCGUAUGUUAUCUACCGGUGCGGAGAGGGAGUUGUACACGGUUGAUUUCACACAUGAGCGUGAAUCUGGGGUGCCACAAAACAAACAAAGUGGUGACUGUGGAGUGUAUUGCUUGAAGUAUAUAGAAUGUCAUGCACUUGGCAUGCCAUUCCCACCUCAUGAGCUGUGUGAUAAGAAGAUCAAGACAAUCAGGUCUCAGAUGGCGAGUGAGAUAUUUGAUGAGACCAGGAUAAACGGCACAGAGAAACGUGAUUACAAUCAUCUCGGUGUCUAUGACUAA